AUGUCCGGACUGGUUGCUUUGGAAUUUCAUGCAGGUAUCCCAGUGGUGCCCAUCAAGGGCAUCCACGGCACCGUGGAUUUUCCCCUGCUGGGGAUUGGCACCUGGCAGUACAACAGCACCGUCGCCAAGAUGGCCGUGGCUGUGGCGAAGAUUCCAAAGCAGCGCCGGAGCGUGGCCUUCGCAGAGGAGCCGAGCAGCCCUCCUCCCAGGCUUUCGGAGUCGGAGCUCCUACACCGAAUGACACAGAAUCAUGAGAGCAUGGUGCGGGGGAGAGCACUGGCGAAUUCAGAAACCAUUGCCCCCUUUGCAGAGGAGUGUCAGAAGAGGCUGGAGAGUCUCCAUGGGUGGGAGAGUCACGGCAUCGACUUUAACCACGAAGCCACGGAGGAGGUUAAGGUGGAAGAACGCUUUCUGUUGCCAACGAGCUCCAGCCAAUUCCCAGUGACAGUCCUGGAUGGCGUCCUUAGAAAGGAGAUGUGUGAGUCAUUCAUAAGUAUCCAUGAGAAGGUGGGCUUUGCUCGUCCACCUUCACUCCUUGUUCAUCUAGCAGAAAAGAACAAACUGGAGGAAGAAGAUGAGGAAGAUCUCCUGUUGAAGCUCGCUUACGAGCAAGCCAAGAACACUUCCGAGCUUGUCCAAAUUGAGUCUGUGGACUUUGCGGACUACCUUUGGAAGAAGCUGGAGCAGUUCCUUCCCGACGAGCACCGCCACGUCGGGAACUUCACCAGUGGAGUUUAUGAGAAAUGCGGAAUCGUUCCAGUCUUUCGGUUCAUGAGGUAUCAGAGAGACCAGGGUUUCAAGCCCCACAAGGAUCCCGAACGUGCAUACGCGGAAUAUCCCCUCAGAUCUGGCGCUGCAGCUGCACACGGUGAGUCGGGAAUCUACAAGUCCUUUUUUACGAUCGCCCUAUAUUUGAAUGACCCUGCAGAGUUUGAAGGUGGCAAGCUCAAUUUUGUCCAGAUCCACGUGGAUGAUGUGGGCGACAAGACAUACGAGUCCCAAGCCACCGUCAACCCCGCCGUAGGACGCUGCGUUCUGUUUGCACACAACGAGCUGCACGAAGGUGGCGGGGUGCAAUCUGGAACCAAGUACAUGUGCCAGUGCGAUGUCCUGUACAAGCGCGUGAGGGAGACUGUGAUCUCCGCCUUCUCCUUGGGAUACCGGCAUGUGGACACUGCGUCAGUCUACCAGAAUCAGAAAGGAGUCGGGGCAGCGGCUUGGCAUUUUAAGUGGCCCAUCAACCUCCGGUUGGGUGAGGAAUGUCGCGCUGGGGCUUUGGGACAUCAAGUCGCCUUCUUUCUGAAAGCCUUGGCUGAGAUGAAGAUGGAGCGGGACGAGUUCUUUGUGACAUCCAAGAUUCCAGGAGACGGCCCACUUCAUACAGAGCCACGGAUCAGGUCUCCUUCUCAUGUUCGCAAGAUGUCGUUUUGCGUUUGCCUGGCCCUGCUGUUCUGCCUUCUUUGGCAGAACCUCGGCGACCUCUGCGAGGAAGAGCGAGCAGAGGUGAUGCUCCUCCAGUCUCAGCUCCGAGUGGAAAGCUCGGGUCUUGACCUUAGGUUUGUGGGGCGCAGCUUCUUCUCCACGGAUCCGGUGAGCACGGCUGGGUGGUGGCUGAGAUACAGCACUUCCCACUCUUUGAAUGUGUAUGACCUGCCGGUCAUGGGCCUGGUGGAGGCCGAGGCAGCGGCAGCCGUUCAGAUCACCUCUCGGGAAGGUAACGUGGAGCAGCUUUACUUUCUGAAGGCACCGAGUUGGAGGAGCGAUCAGAACUUGACCAUGGAGGAUUUCGUGCGAGCAGCGGAGAUGUCGUGGGCUACGGUGAUGGAUAAGAAGCAGCUCUAUACCCCGUGGACGGACUAUCAUGACGGGCACAGGGUGGAAACGAUGAGGAUCGAUAACUUUCAAGCAGACAGGCAUCAUUUCCAGAACUAUGUCCCGCUACAAACAAACGACUCUGCGAUUAGAAUUAUCCGUGACUACAUCCCUAACACGACCUGGACCAUGGAAUGGUUUGCAGGCCUCGGCUCGUCGAUGACGCUGCCUCUGGACUAUAUGGAUACGGAGGCUACGGCAGAUCCAGAUGCCUGCCGGAAAGUCGAUCGCCUAUUCAAGAAAAACAUGUGGUGGAAGAGUACUUUUGCUGUGACCAACGCCUCCAUUGCUCGAGACUUUGCCAUCAGAAUCCUGGGAGCUACACCUGCAAGUGAUCCGUUUCCAUGGCCACCAAACAGACACUGCAUUGCAGCUCAGUGGGUCACCUUGCCGUACAGUGGCCCUCGUCACUGGAAAGCCUUGCAGCUCCACUUCGUGGAAGAUCCUGUCUACCGCAGUACCUUGCAUGGUAUUCCCGCUUUCCAGCAAUAUCAGCAGGAGUUCAUGCGAAGCCACACUGACUGCAUCAACAGCUUCAUGCUCAACAACCUGGUCUUAAAGGCCGAGUCCUUGGAUCCCUUCAUCAAGCGCCUGUCAGAGGCCUCCACAAGCUACUUUGUCUCCCAGGUCCGCGCUGCCGAUUCAAAACAUGACGCCACGUACGCCUUGAUAUUCUCUUUUCCCGGCAAUGAAGGCGUGACCAUCCAGAUUCGCAGUGCACAUGUGAGUGCUGCCUCUCCUACACCUUUCAAGCUGUGUGUGUAG